GUCACGCUGGGUGCUAGGCUGAUUUUGAUAAAUUGGAUCCACCAUGGAUUUAUAACACUAGUUUCUUGGUACCAAAGUAGUAAGAAACUUCAACCAAAGAGUACCUAGUACUACUACUGCACCGACGCGACGCAACCAUAUAUUCUUUCUGAUCCUUCGUAAUCUCAACUUGAAUGAAUCCUCUCUCAUUUUCUCUGUCCAAAUAUCAAGAUCAACAAAUAUCCUGCGUCUAACAAUGGUACAAUUAAAAAAGUUCAGAGGAGUCAGGCAACGGCAUUGGGGCUCAUGGGUCUCUGAAAUCCGCCAUCCUCUAUUGAAAAGGAGGGUUUGGUUGGGAACCUUUAGGACAGCAGAGGAAGCGGCUCGAGCAUAUGAUGAAGCAGCUAUACUGAUGAGUGGCCGAAAUGCAAAAACCAACUUCUCCAUCAAUAAGAGUACGACAGAAACAGAAGCAAAUAAUGUGUCCCAAUCUUCGGCGGAACUCUCUACAAUUCUCAGUGCAAAACUUCGCCGUGGUUGCAAGACAUUAUCACCUUCUCUCACUUGUCUUAGGCUUGAUACUGAAAACUCUCAUAUUGGAGUUUGGCAAAAACGUGCUGGGUCUCAUUCUGAAUCAAACUGGAUUAUGACCGUUGAGUUUGGAAAGAACAAUGAACAAACUUCAAAUGAUCUACCUGCUGCAGAAGUGUCCCUAGACAAGAAUGCGAUGGUAACAAGCCAAACUGAUCAAGAUGGUGGACAGAUUUGUGAAGACGAGGAUAAAAUUGCAUUGCAAAUGAUUGAAGAGCUACUAAAUAGGAAAUAGUUCUACUCUAUAGUAUGAGUUCGUCAAAUGCCGGCUACUGCAAGCCCGCAAGGUACUAAAUUGGCUUGCAGAACUAGUACAUCCAUCUACGUAGGUAAAAUUGUUGUUCUUAUUUGCAAGUUUGAUGAUAACUUUGUGCGCCUUUGUUAGCAGAGCGAUUUGUCGUUUAUUUUUAGUGAAGGUGGCCGGACUUUCUCAUUAAAUUUCACAUGUUGUUCCACAGCGAUUUCUCUCGUUAGUUUUAGUGACGGUUUUAUGAUGGUACUUUCUCAU